AUGCAGCAGGCCCAGCACCAGGUUGCGGCUCGACAAGAGCCACCCCCACAAGGGCUUCAAAUCGAAGAUGUUCAGCGGAUGAUCGAGGACGGUCUGGCUCAAAGACGGUCAGAAGCACCAAGGGAGGCUGACUCGGACGCCCAGAAACUUCGUUUGUUUGUUCACUCCCUAACCGGUGCUGCGUUCUCUUGGUUUAUGAACCUUUUACCGAAUUCGGUGAGGGACUGGGCUGACACGGAGAGGAUAUUCCAUGAACACUUUUACCAGACUAAUCAAGAGAUAACCGUUGCCGAGCUGGCAAGGAUGAGCCAGGCAUCAGAUGAGACGCCCCGUGAUUACCUACAACGGUUUAAAACAUGCAGGAAUUGGUGUCGGAUUAACCUACCAAAAAGGGAGUUCGUCCAAAUGGCUGAAGAAGGACUAGAAUUUGAGUACCGAAAGAAGUUCCAAGGGAUCGAGUUCCGGGACAUGCACGACCUAACCAACAAAGUGGAUAGGUACGCUUCCCUGUUGAAAGAAGAGAUGCAGAAGAAAACGGCUACAAAAGGGACUUAUUACAAGAAUCCCGUCAUCGGCUACGCCGAGGCAGAUAGUCUCGCCAAGGCCGAGAACGGUGAAAUUGAGGUGAGCUCGGCUGAGGUCAGCAUAGACAAGCCGUUUGUCUGCAAAGAACUUGUCAAGGCCGACAACAGCCGAACAAAGAUUCCCCACGCCAAGUUUGCGACCCGAGAAACGAAGGCUUACACCUUCGAUUUAACAAGGGCUGAGGCUAUUUUCGAUCUGUUAUUGGCCGAAAAGAAGGUCAAAUUGUCCUUUGGUCAUAAAAUUCCAAAGGCUGAGGAACUCAAAGGGAAGACGUUUUGCAAAUACCAUAGCUCUUGGUCCCAUGGCACCAACAACUGUGUUGUUCUACGGGACGUUAUCCAGAAACUGAUAGACGAAAAGAAACUCCAGUUCACAUAG